AUGCAGAUGUACCGCGGCCUCCCCAUCAUCACCAAUCAGAUCCCCAUCGAAGAACGCAACGGUAUACCACACCAUUUGAUAAAUUGCAUAGAUUUUGAUGAGAACCCAUGGCGGAUAUCGACGUUCCGAAAGGAGUGUUUACGACUGAUUGACGAUAUCCAUGCGCGGGGGAAGCUUCCGGUCCUGGUCGGCGGCACGCACUACUACACACAUUCCGUGCUUUUCCAGGAACAACUGGUGUCAAAAGAGGUAGAACCAUCAGAUGAAGAGGCAAGUUCAUUUCCAGUGAAGGAUGUCGACUCAGCAGUCAAGUGGCCGAUCCUCGAUGCGGAGCCGGAGUUGGUAUUUCAGAAGUUACGCGAGGUGGAUCCCAUAAUGGCAGACCAUUGGCAUCCAAGGGACUCACGCAAGAUCCGGCGCUCGUUAGAGAUAUACUUUCAGACGGGGAAACCCGCGUCGCAGGUGUACGCUGAGCAGCAACGAUUGAAACGAGCCAUCGCAGACAAUGACGAUGGUUUUGGUGGGGAACAACUGCGCUUUAACACGGCAAUUUUUUGGGUACACUCGGAAAAGUCUACUCUGGAAGAGAGGCUGUUCAAGCGGGUGGAUGUCAUGGUUGACCAGGGAUUAUUGUCCGAAGCAAGCCGCAUGUCGGACUUUCUCCAGGAGCAGGAGGCGCAGGGUGUGGCUGUCGAUCAGACGCGGGGUGUAUGGAUUUCGAUUGGCUUCAAGGAACUAGCGCCUUAUUUCAACGCGCUGAGGGACGGUUCUAAGACUGAGAAGGAACUGGACGUCCUCAAGCAGUCAUGUAUCGGGGCGGUCAAAAUUGCAACUCGUCAGUAUGCCAUGUCUCAGAUUAGGUGGAUUCGCAACAAGCUCUGGACUGGCCUUGCAGAAGCGGGUAUGACCAAUCGCUUGUUUCUCUUAGAUAGCACAAACGUUGAAAACUGGGCGGAUAACAUCACAGGGCCAUCUGAGCGCCUUGUGAAAGCUCUCGAAGAAGAAGGGCCUUUGCCGGACCCCAAGUCUCUCUCAGAGCUGGCUAAGGCUACUCUGGCAGCUCUUGAGCUCAAGGAGCAAACUAUCGACCACAAAUCGACGAAGUGUAUUACCUGUGAUAUCUGCCGGAAGACAAUGACAAACGAGGAGCAGUGGCAAAACCAUAUCUAUGGAAGCGUGCAUAAAAAGGUUUUGAAGAGUUUGGCGAAGAAGCGAGAGCGGGAGGCGUAUUUACGGAAGCGGCAAGAGGGUUUAGAGAACUGUCAAGAAAAUCUCCAGGAUAGUGCCCAAGAGCUGGACUCGAGAGUAGCAUCCAAAUAG